UUGAAGGUUAUGACGUCACUGUGUUGCUGUCUCGGAGCGGGUUAGCUUCACAGCGUUAGCAGCCACGUCCCGACAGCACAGACACAGACAGAGAGGUAAAUCUGUGUGUGCAGUGGGUGUCGUUUCUAUUGACUCUCUCGCACGUUGUGAGCUAUCAUGGCUGACAGCACGGCUGGUUUUUCAUCUUCCAUGUUUUCAUAAACGAACAGCAGCUAGCUAAACGUCAACGUGCAACUUCCUCCUUUUAUAUCGCGCACUGUUGUCUCGGUGGACAGCUGUGUUUGUUUCUCGGUGCCAACUGCAACGUCCAGAUUCACUACGAGGUAAGAGUCCAUCUUCUCGGUGCUGCAGGCGGGACAUCAAUACUUGAAGCAUUCCCAGCAGCCCAGCAACUGCAAGACUGAUCAAUCACUUGACCGAUUAGAAGAUGGACUAACCAUCAAAACUCUCAUUAAGACGCCUCACCUCCCUUUAAUUUCCCUCCUGUUGGGCCCCUGGGGCCCCUCAGGCAACAGGGGUGAUGACGGGCGGCAGGCAGACUGCCAGGUACUCGCUGUGGCGUUUCCUGUCACCGUUCCGCAACGUCCAGGAGCGAGUGGUGCUGGCCCGCAGCGAGAGCCUGCCAGGGGAGCAGGUGCUGAAGAUCACAGUCACAGAGACCACGGUGAUCGAGGCGGAGUCCGGGGUGUGGAACUGGCGAUCCCUGACCUACCUGGGCCUCUGGUACUUCUUCAGCUUCUGCACCCUGUUCCUCAACAAGUACAUCCUGUCACUGCUGGAGGGGGAGCCCAGCAUGCUGGGUGCUGUUCAGAUGCUCUCCACCACCAUCAUCGGCUGCCUAAAGAUGUUUGUGCCCUGCUGCCUUUACCAGCACAAGUCUAGGACCGAGUAUCCCUCCAACUUCAUCAUGAUCAUGCUGUUUGUUGGACUCAUGAGGUUCACCACUGUGGUUUUGGGCUUGGUGAGCCUGAAGAAUGUGGCGGUGUCAUUUGCAGAGACGGUGAAGAGCUCAGCACCCAUCUUCACUGUCAUCAUGUCCAGGCUGAUCCUCGGGGAGUACACAGGGCUGUGGGUGAAUCUCUCCCUCUUCCCCAUUAUGGCCGGCCUGGCCCUCUGCACAGCCACGGAGAUCAGUUUCAACAUGCUCGGCUUCUCCGCCGCUCUCUCCACCAACAUCAUGGACUGUUUACAGAACGUAUUCUCUAAAAAACUGUUGAGCGGAGACACAUACAAGUUCAGUCCUCCAGAACUGCAGUUUUACACCAGUGCAGCAGCACUCAUCAUGCUCAUACCUGCCUGGGUGUUCCUCUUGGACGUACCGGUGAUUGGGAAGAAUGGACGGAGCUUCAUCUUCAGUCAGGAUAUUAUCCUGUUGCUACUUUUCGAUGGCGUCCUGUUCCACCUGCAGAGUGUCACUGCCUAUGCUCUCAUGGGAAGGAUUUCUCCCGUUACUUUCAGUGUUGCCAGUACAGUGAAACACGCCCUGUCGGUGUGGCUGAGCAUCAUCGUCUUCAGUAACCAGAUCACCCUCCUGAGCGCCACCGGCACCGCCCUCGUGUUUGUCGGGGUCUUCUUGUACAACAAAGCCAGACAGAUCCAGAGGCGAACUUUACAGGACAUGGCUGCCGAGCAGAACCACAAACCACUAUUGCAGGACCAGGACUUCCAAGCCUCUCAGUCUCACUGAGGACUCAGUACUUAAGAUUAAAAUGCUGCCUGAAUUGGGAUCAAGGUAUUCUAAAUGAUGUUGAGUGAUUUGUUUGUUUUUCAGUGAGUACACAAUCCAGUUAUAGAGGACCCACUCCUGUUUUUGUUCCAGUUUCCAUUUAGCGUCAUGUCUUAUGUUUGAAAGUAAACUUUGGUGACCGGCUUGGUAAAGGUCAGUGUCUGUUUGACCAAGCCGUCACUAGUCCUGUGGAACAGUAUACACAGUAUGUCUAACCUGAUUAGCUACUUCAACUUGAUUCAUCCUUGAUCUUUUGCUUUAUCUAAUAUCUGUCAGUACAAAGGAGAAGCUCAGGGUGUCCUUCAGCUUUUUGAAGGAAGUGACUUCUGUAAGCGUUUUGUCUUACAUUUGCAUUCCAGAGUGUGCUAGUUUAUCUCAUCUGUGGUACUUCAAGCUGCUGAAUGUAUGCUAUUAUGUAUAUCUGUAAAGCAUUGAAGCUGAACAUUUAAAAUGUGUGAUGGUUUAACCAACACUGUAUCAUACAAUGUAAAAUGUAUCUUAACUGCAUCUGAAUAUAAGAUGUGAAUAGGGCACCAACGUCUGAGAUGGGAGGCCUUUUGAAGGCUCGUCCAGACAAAGCUUAAACUGGCCGUUUGACACAUUCUUUUUAACAAUGUGUGAAACAUUUGAAAAACCACAUACUGCAUUCUAGGAAUGCUAAUCCUCUACCAUGGACUGUUUUUGUGGGUGUAUGUAGGGUUUACUGUACCUCUCUUCUUUUUUUGGUCUUUGUAAACUGACGCUUCAACCCCGAACAGGAAAAGGGGCUUAGAGACCAAAUGAAUGAUUGUCCUGCUGUUUAUUACACAUUUAUAAUCUUAAAGGAAAAUGGUUUAUUACAACUUUGGGCUCUGUUUUUGUUGUUCAGACAAUCAAACUGGUUGUAAACAAACACCAGGGGUUAGUUUAAGUUUUUGGAAGAAAAUCACAAACCAACUUCCCAGUUGAACUUUGACCUCUCAUAUACCUCUAGUUGUGUUGCAUACUCUCAGUUUUCCUGUGGAAAGACGGAUUAACAAAAGAGCAACAAAGAUAAAAGUUGUAAUAAACUGUAGCUUCCCUUUAAACUUUAGCCUCAUGGCACAUGAAUUAAAAUAGGUUCAAACCCUCUGUUCAUGUAUAGUAGUAGGAUGUAAUGUCAAACGUACGUCACUGGUGAUGUCACUGUGACAUGGUGUCAUCUCUGUGAGCAAUCCUGUGCCUGUUGCUACUUUCAAACAAAGAGCAUACAGUGACUCUUCAUGAACACAUUCACGAUAAGAGUUGGGACCACAAAUUGAAAUUCAGGUUCAAUUAUGUUUCCGGUGCUUCCUGUUUAGUCCCUUAUUGUCAUUACAGCUUCUGUGGUGAAUAUGAAUCUUCUUCCACAUACGUCUUUCUUCCAUAGAAACACAUCAGUGCCACACUAACAUCUUGCCAAAACAGCCGCAUGGUGCCAAUAAUCUGACAUACGUCUGAAUCUUAUGCUCAUACUGCUCCAAACUUGCUGCUUCUCAUCUCCUGCUCUUCUCAUGUGUGCACCAAGGUGUGGCUUCUUCUCGUUUUUCUGAGGGCAAUGACUUGACAAAGUCCAUCAGGCAUCUGAUAGGACGAAUCCAUGUUAAUCAUUGGUUGGGUUCGUUUUUUUUGUUUGUUAGCAUUUCGUAAUGCUUUACUUUUGCUGCAGUUUCGUGCCUCAAGAAGCAGUUUUUUCUUUUCUGCAUCCAAACUAGAGGGAUUGUCUGACUUGAACAUAAUUUAUUUAUUUAUGUUUAAAACAUGGUUAUUUUCUGUUAUUGUUGAUUUUUUUUUUCUCUGUCAAGUGCUUAGGAAAACCACAUGGCGACAUUUGAAAACUGAUGUCUUACAAAUAUGUGUCUUUUUACACUAAUCUUCCAUAUUAAGUCUUUCAAAUGCUGCUUCAAGCUAAAAAUGUUGUUUUUCUGUGUAUUUUCAUCGUUAAAGGUUCAUUAAUGGAAAAUGUUAAGCUAGCAGAGAGCAGUUAUGAACUGUUAUAUUUGAUAAUGUGCAAAUCAGAGAUGUAAAAAUAUUCAAUGAUGUAAAUCAUGAGGAUGUAAUGAUGUUCAGUGGUUGUACAGAAAAUUAAAGUAUUUUCUUUUCAGCA